AUGGAUCAAGACGUUGCAAAGCGUGCGGCUGCCGCUGAGGCGCGCCGGCAAAAGAUCUUAGCCCGAGGGUCGGAGCGGCUCAACCGCAUCACUGUCGGAACUCCGUUGCCCUCGGCUGAAACUCUGAACCCAACCCCUACAUCGGAACGAGCUGCGUCGGAGGCGACAAGCUUGGGACUCGCGGGCGCCUCGGCCGCUGUGAAGCCUUCCCAGUUACGUCCAAAUGAUCGCGACAGUGAGGUAUCUGAUCCAGUUACGGAUACGACUACAACGGCAGCAGUGGAAGCAACUGUAUCUGAGGCGCCGUUAAAAUCAGCCCAUGCGGAUGCUUUGUUAGCAUCGGCGGACCCGAUGCUGCAACAGUUGCUACGCGGCAGCGGCGGUCAGAGCCACCCAGACGAGGAUGCCUUCCAAGCUUCAGCACAACGGGAAGCAGAGCAGGCUCUCCACAUGCUCUUAAACCAACUGGCAGGUCCAGCCGGAGUGCCGUACCUCGCCGCACAGCGCUCCCCUCCCCAAUCGGUCCAAGUGGACGGAAGCGCGACGACCGCUGUCGGCUCCUCCGGUCGUACCGUGACAGGUCUUCGUGGCGGCGUCGGCGUCGGCGGUGAUGAUGGGCCCUUCGCGCCGUCGCCGUCGGUGGCGGCAGCAGCAGCAGCAGCCCGGGCCCCCCCGCAUGCCUCCGGCAGUGGCAGGCGUACCGCCACCACCGCUUCCGCCGCUGGCAGCAGCGGAGGCGGAGGCAUGUUGUUGUCGGUAGCCGCCGUCGCCGCCACCGUGACGGGUGUACUGCUGGGGCCUCAGCUGACGGCGGCGGUGGCGGCCACGCACCGGCUCCGCUGCCUGGCGGCGGUAGCGCUGGCGGCGGCAUUGUACAGCGGUCUGGUAGAGCCGGCGCACCUGGGCUUGCCGCCAAUUGUCUCUCUGCUCGUACUUCAGCUUGCUCUCAUAGCUGCGACCCGGUGGCUGCUUCCCCGGUCCGGGGGGGGCCGGGGAGGGGCAUCACCCUCGGCGACGGCGGCAUGGCGGUCUGCGGCCGGCGGCCUCAGCCAGACGGCUUCCGGUGCUGAGCUAGCCGGCGAUGACGGCGACGCCACGGCGGCGUCGCCACCGGCGGCGGCGGCGGCGGUGCUGCCAGUCCCCAGAGCUGAUUGGGCCGCGCUUGUCCCGGGACUGCGGCCUCUGCUCGAUAAGGUGUCGUCCGCAGGGGUGCUGGUUUCGGGGCUGGCUGGUGACGUGGCAGUGUUCGUGGUGUCGUACAUGGUGCUGGAUGCAUGGGGCCGGGUGGUGUCCUAG